AAAUGUUAGCACAUAAAAUAAUAUUAAAAUAAUUAAGAACAUAUGAAUCACUUUUACCACAACGUAUGUAAUAUAUGCAUUUUUGUAAACGAGAUUGUUACAAGUUUUAACAAUGGAAUCUCAGACUACUUGUGCGAUUUGCGGGAAAAAUGCAAUUCAUAAAUGUAGUGCCUGUGGAAAUGUUUAUUACUGCAGUAAGCAACAUCAGAAAGAGGAUUGGAGGAAUCACGCAAAAGCUUGCAAAAGUUUUAAGUUAGCAGAAGAUUCCUUAUUGGGUCGUCAUUGUAUAGCCACACGAAAUAUCAAAGUUGGGGAAAUUGUUUUGAAAGAUGAUGAACCUCUGAUAGCAGGUCCUAUGUAUAAUUGCGCUCCUGUGUGCCUUCGCUGUUACAUGGUCUUGAACGAAACCAUUGCAGUAGCUUGUGAAAAAUGUGGCUGGCCUCUUUGUCAAGAUUGCAAAGAUCAUGGAUUAGAGUGUAAUUUUUCUUCUUCUCGUAGAGAUCAUAAGGUAUCUAUAACUGAAUUUGGCCAUCCACAUCCAAGUUAUCAAUGUAUAACUGUCAUAAGAGCGUUAGCAUCGAAGGAUGUUAAUUUAGAAUCUUAUAAGAAAUUGCUAUCGCUCGAAAGCCAUUGCGAUCGAAUAAAUUCCCAUGAGCUGUCAAACACUGUUCGCUUUAUUAAAAGAUUUUUCAAAACAGAUGAUAUUUCGGAGGAGGAAAUGACAAAAAUCGUCGGCAUCUUGCAGGUUAAUGGACAUGAAGUUCCGCUUACUGAUCCACCAUACGUAGCAGUUUACGAACUGACAUCGUUACUUGAGCAUAACUGUAAAGCAAAUUGCUCGAAAAGUUUCACUGAUACUGGAGGGCUGAUUAUUCAUGCUGCAGUACCUAUUGCAAAAGGAGACCACAUUUCUAUAUGUUAUACGGAUCCAUUGUGGGGUACUGCAAACAGAAGACACCAUCUUCUUAAAACAAAAUUUUUUGAAUGUACUUGUGAUCGAUGCAAGGAUCCCACAGAAUUUGGAACAAUGUUUAACGCUUUAAGGUGCAAUCGAAUGAAUUGUCCAGGAUAUAUAUUACCCAAAACAUUUUUUGAACAGGAACAUGAUUAUAUAUGCAAAAUUUGUGAAUCAAUUGUUCCUUAUGUGGAAAUUGAAAAAAUGUUAGAAGAUAUUGGUAUAUACCUUUCAAUUAUCAAGAAAAAUGACAUUAUUGCAUGUAAAGAAUUUAUAAGUCGUUACAAAAGUACCCUCCACCCAAAUCAUUUUUACAAUAUUGAUGUAACGAUUGCUCUGGCUCAAUUGAUUGGACAACAAACUGGAGGAUUAGCAGCAGUUGAAACAGAUCUUCUCAUCGAGAAAAUAGAAUUAUGCAAAAAACUGGAUAAAUUGCUCAAGACACUCGUUCCUGCUGAAAAUCGAAUUCGAGGUCUGAUUCUUUUCGAAUUACAUGCAGCCCACGCAGACCUUAGUAGGAGGCAUACAGAAAUGGAGAUUUUAGUGCCAUUAUUGCAGGAGUCAAAGAAGUAUUUAGUUGAUGGCUAUCAAUUGCUGAAGUAUGAACCAAAAAUUCUACCGGAAGGAAAAAUAGCUCAACACGCAGAACAAAAUUUCCACGAAAUAAAUAAGCUCUUAAAACGAUUCAAUGUAACAUAAACUUUAUCAGUACGUAGUUUGCUCAGUAAGUUCUACAUUUGGGAGUAAAUAUUAAACGAAAAACAAAACUGUAUAUAUACAUAGCCUUCGUAAGCAAACAAACAUAUUGAAAUAAAUUUGUUAAAAAAAUUUUAAUAAGUACAAUUACAAGCGGUAGUUAUCAUGUAUUAGCAUUCUUUGAUUGAGGGGUUCAUUUUUAGCGCAUGUUAGAAAAAUUAACACAUGGAAUCAAUGAUAUAAUUUAUAU